AUUGACUUUCCAAGAGGACUACUUCGCAUAAAUAAAGCAUCAGARAUGGGAAGAAAAAGAAGAUCCGGUCGAUCCCGUGGAUCACAAUACUCGCAAAGAGGUAGUAACUCAUAUGGAUAUACUGGYCAACAAUCAUCUACUAGUAGACAAUACCCUCUAUCAGGUCAGCGACAACGGGGAGCUUCUGUUAGAAGCGAAGCCGGAGCUGGUUUACCCGUUUCGGAUAUCACUUCAGAGAGAAGACAACGCCUUCAACAGCAGAUACAAGAAGUGCCACAUAUUACUAAAGGAAUAACACAAUUACCGAAGUACCGCACAUUAUCGACAGCUUCGUCUGCUUCUGCAGGUUCAGCCAAGACAUGGUAUAACAUAUCCAGCGGAUCGUCCGGUACUGACCAGCCGUCGCAAAAUAUCAUCGAAGAUCUUGAUAAACUGCGAGACAUUGGCUUCAAUAUAGAUUAUCCAAACGGAUUAUUGGGUGAAGGAUACUUUGGACAAGUCUAUAGAGGAACGUACGGUCCACAGGCCGAAGGAAUACAAGGAUUGCCAGCCGAUCGAAGAUUCGCCGUUAAGAUCAUUGAUUUCGGCGAUAAAUCAGACGACGACACACUCAAAGCCAGAGAAACGUUUGAAACGGAAAAGUAUAUCCUCACAGAAGUGAAUCAUCCGAAUGUAGUUGUCGUCCGUAUGGCCAUCAAUAUGGGUACAGUCAGAUCAUUCCCUUUUAGAGCCAAUAAAGGAGCCGAGUAUUUAUCACCCGAACGGGUCUAUCUGUUCAUGGAUUUUGCUGAUAAGGGUGAUCUUCAAACAUUCGUUGACAAUCACUGGCAAACUAUGACACCUAAUCUGAGAAUCAAUUGGAUUAUUGAACUAUUUUCAGGUAUGUUAUAUUUGCACAGUAAUGACAUCAUCCAUGGUGACAUACAUUGUGGUAAUGUAUUAUUGUAUAGCUCAGGUGGUACUAUAGCAACCAAAUGGACUGACUUCGGACUGGGAUAUGURGCUCGUAAUCGACAGUAUCGGUUCCGGGCAGAUAUAACCCAAGAUAUUAGACAAUUGAUGAAAAACGAUGUCGAAAACAUGGGACGGGUGAUUGGUAUCAUACUGGAUGGCCGUUGGAAUAGUCGAGAGUCACCACAAGAAACACAAAUACUGGACACUAUGAAGCAGAUGAGGCACGACAUGAACUAUGAACCGGAUCUCAGAAAUCUUUUUGAAAAAUACAAACAUGUGUUGGCAGAAGAGCUAACUUUCCAAGAGGACUACUAUUGAGAAAUGUGGUCAACAUUGCUAACUAAAUAAAGAU